AUGGUUCGCACUAGGUCGGCGAGGCCUCUGGCCGCAAUGCAGGCCACGUCAGAUGAAAGAUUUCCGCAGAAGAAUUCUGCUAGUGGGAGUAAAGAACAUCCAGAAGAUGUAAAGGAAUUGGAUGAACAAAGUACUGCUGAAUCACAUAGUACUCAAGAGCAUAGUGCAGUCCUGAGAACCCCUAAAAACAGAAAAAACAAAAGCAGAAGUGAGGGCUUAUUGUCAGAGACGAUUGAACCAUCUGCUGAUGGAGAAACUUCUGAGGCCGAAUCAAACUAUUCGUCUGUUUCUGAGCCCCAGGAUCCCAUUAUAAGAAUAACAAGGCGAAGACGGAUCUUAGUUCCAUGCACCCCAGUGUCCAGGAAAAGGCCAAAAAUAGCGUCAGUAAGUGAGUCUUAUACUGACGAAGUUGUCUCAGAAGCAGAAUCUCAUGCUUCAGGUUUUUCUCCCUUUGUGCCUUCCACUGUAACAGCAACAAGAACCAGAAGAAGGGAAGCUAAAUACCUCACAGAUACAAGCCAAGAAUCACAUGCAGAAGAAACUUCUGAUGCCGAGUCAUCAUGCUCAGACAUUUCUACACUUUCAGGAAUUGCAGUUGGGAGAACAACUAGGAGUAUGUACAGGAAAUUACAGGGACAAAUGGAGGAGAAAGAUUUUAAGAUUGUAUCAAGAAAUAAAAAGAAGAGUUGUAACGAUUUAAAUAAAGAACCAAAGGGGAGAGUAAGUAAGGGAAAGGGAAUUAAUGAUAAAAGUCCUCCAUUGAAAAGUCUCUCUGAGUUUCAGGACUCUAGCCCACAGCAAGUAGUUUCUCAAAAGCAUUCAACUCCAGAUAAACCCACAUCAGAAUGCUCAAAUCCCAGCUAUGAGAAUGUAUUGAAAUCAUUAUCUCAAACAUUUGCAGUUGUGGAAGUGGACAGAUUGAGUGAAGAGAAAGAGAGCAGCAUAAAACCAAGUGACUUGACAGAGUCUGAUGAAGAAGAGUGCACAGUUUUAUGUGUCAAUGAAGAAACUGACCAUAAAAAUAAUGUAAGUUUUGAAUGUGAUCCCAAACUAUGCGAAUCUGAGCACAACACUUCUCAGAUUAAAAGUGAUUCUGUCUUAUUAGCUCUCAGCAGUGAUGAAAGCCAGGAGUCUGAAAACAGUGAGAAUGAAGAAGACACAAUAUGUUUUGUUGGAAACAGUGAUCAAAGAGAGUCACUGAAUGGAGACUCAGGAAGUAAGUCUCCUGACACUGCAUUGUUUGUAAUUGACAAAACUCCUGGAUUGACUGCUGAUAAAAUUUUUUACUUGGAAGAGGAAGACAAAGUUAGUGAGGCUGCUGCUGAGAAAGAGAGAGAAGAGGGAGAGGAUGAAAAAAGUGAACUCUCAGAUCAUGAAGGAGAUGCAGACAGUGAGCUCAGUGAUGAAGAUGACUUACUAAAUAACACAAAGUCUAAACUUCUGAAGUUGACAAGCAGCAGCAUUGACCCUGGUCUGAGUGUUAAGGAGCUGGGAGGUUUAUAUAUUAAUUUCAAUGCAGGCAAACUACAGUCUAAUAAGAGACCCUUAACACAACAGAUAAAGGAGAAAACAAAAAAUGAGCUUCUGAAGAAAACCAUCAUUACACCUGAUUUUGAAAAAAACUACAGUGUCCCACCAUAUAGAGAAUCAAAGUUUCAGCUUCGGAAAAAAAGAAGGGAAGAACGACAGAAAACAGCAGGCAGUGGCUGGUUUGGUAUGAAAGCGCCAGAACUGACUGAUGAACUGAAAAAUGAUCUGAAAGCGCUGAAGAUGAGAGCUAGCAUGGACCCCAAACGGUUUUAUAAGAAAAAUGAUAGAGAUGGUUUCCCCAAGUACUUCCAGAUUGGAACCAUUGUUGAUAAUCCAGCUGAUUUCUACCAUUCAAGAAUUCCCAAGAAGGAACGGAAAAGAACUAUUGUGGAAGAACUGCUGGCUGAUUCUGAGUUCAGAAAAUUUAAUCGUAGGAAAUACUUGGAGAUCAUGUCUGAGAAAGCCGCAAAUGCAGCAGGAAAGAGAUUUCGAAAGAAGAAGAAAUUUCGCAAUUAA